AUGGAUUCUCCCAUUCGCCAUGUUGGACGAUUUGUCCCUCAUAGUUCUGCCGCGUUGGUGGUCCUUACUGUGCUUUCCUGUUUGGUGAAUUCGAUGACUAUGGGGUAUGAUGGAAACAUGAUGAACGGGUUAAAUAUCCUCCCGUCAUUCUACAACACCAUCAACCUCAACACGGCAGGCGAGUCUGCAAAUACGGGCAUCAUAUGGGUUGGCGGCUGCGUCGCCGGCUUCUUCUCUGGCUUUAUACUCGACCGUUACGGUCGCAAAGCCGGCAUGGCCUGGGCCGUAUAUAUGACCUCCAUUGGUAUCAUCUUGCAAUCCUCCGCCCAGAACCCCGCGAUGUUUCUCGUUGGCCGUCUCAUAGUCGGUAUCGGUGUUGGACUAAGUUCCGUUGCGUGUCCAACUUACGUCUCUGAAGUCUCACAGCUGAAAUGGAGGGCUUUUUCACUUGGCUUUUAUUACGACUUUUGGUAUGGAGGCGGUAUUAUCGCUUCAGCUAUCACGUAUGGAACUGCCAAGAUUGAUAGUUCGUGGGCUUGGAGAAUUCCUUCGAUUAUUCAAGUCGUGCCUAGUCUUCUCUGUCUGGUCAUCUUGCCAUUUAUCCCGGAAAGUCCGAGAUGGUUGAUGUAUCAAGAUCGUCAAGAUGAGGCACUGGAAGUUUUGGCGAUUAUGGCGGCGAAUGGAGAUACGAGCGAUGCGGUGGUGGUGACGCAGUAUCAUCAGAUUGCAGAUACGAUUGCGUGGGAGAAGGCGAAUAAGCCGAGUAUUAAUUGGUUGGAUGCUUUCCGGACGCCGCAGAGUAGGAGGAGGAUGAUUUUGGCGUGUUCUUGUGCCAUUUUUGGAAAUAUGAGUGGGAGUGGGAUUAUUUCAUACUAUCUUGGCACGAUUCUCACUCAAGCGGGAGUCACGAAUACGACGACGCAGUUGGAGAUCAAUAUCUAUCUCUCGGUCUGGUGUCUGUUCACUGCUAUUCUUGGCACCUCACUCGCUGACAAGAUUGGGCGAAAGAGACUGGGAGCAGGGACAUUGACGGUAUCAAUGGUCUUUCUGUUCCUGGUCGGGGCUUUCACCAAACUCUACGGCGACGGCUCCACCAAAUCAGGCGUCUACGGAACCGUAGCCUGCAUCUUCCUCUACCAAGGCUCGUACGCUUUCGGCUGGAGUACCCUCCUCGUCAUGUACCCGCCCGAAGUCCUUAACUACAGCCUCCGCGCGAACGGCAUGUCAAUCUACACCUUCGUUUCCAACGCCGCUGCAACAGUGGUCACGUUCGCGUUUCCGUACGCUUUAGCUAAGAUAGGCUGGAAGACUUACAUGAUCAAUGCUAGUUGGGAUGUGCUUGAGAUUGCCUUUAUCAUUUGGUAUUGGGUAGAGACGAGCGGGAAGACGUUGGAGGAGGUGGAUGAGUUGAUUGAUGGGGAGUAUCACAGUGAUGCGCCGGUGCUGUUGGGUGUUAUUAGAGGCGAGGUGGAGGUUGGUGUUAAGGAGGGGAUGGAGGUUAAGGUUGUGGAGACGGGGAGUGGGAGGAAUGUUGCUACGCAGUAGGGAUGAGGUGUUUGCGCACCUACUAUCUAUUAUAAGAUUGUGUGCUGAGUUCCUGACAAGUAGGCAGACUUCGAGGAUGCUAGAAGACUUCCCAUUUUUAACCCCGCCUCCUUUCCCAUCUCGCUUAG